CCAAUCUUCUUCAAUAGUAAUUCCCCAAGGAGUCUCGCCGUGUUCAUUCUUUUGCGGCCUUCUCUCCGACCACUCUCUCCACACUCCCCAACUUUCCAUUUCUUCCAAUCGUCCAAUCGUCCCUCAAACCGUCCGAACAUGCUUGGUCCCUUCGCGCCGUAGCCUUGUUCAUGUGCUGCUUCGUACUCAACCCCCGUCGACGUCACUGCCAUUCAGCUUCGCGCUGUUGAGUUCGCACACCGACAACCGGUAUUGAGGGCGUGGAGAUUGGAUGGUGUGCAUGAGGUGCAUGAGAAGGAGCUACAGUCAUUUCUGAAUUCUAUCGCUACGGUUAUUUAUUGCACCUGAAUAAACAGCCGCGGCCAUGUCGCUCAAAGAGGUAGUCGUCAAGAAAGGGGUGCUAACACUGGCGCAACUGGCCAACUACGACGACGUGAUCACGGAUGCGCUUAUUGACCAUGUGUAUUUCUGGACCUCGAUCCGCAAGAACAAAGCGCGUUUCUUCCCUUCCCGCGGCAUUGGUGAGGAGGAUAUCGCAAACAUCCUGCGCGACUGCAUCGUCGUUGAGAAGAACGUCAACAAAGCUGUCGACCAGCUCCUCAAGGUCCGCGGCAUCAAGGCGUUCUUCGACCGGCUGAAAGCACCGCAUGAGCGCGACCAUUUCGUCAAGCACCUAAAGAAAUAUGUGCAGAUCUACCUUCCCGACUGCCCGUUUGAGGUUACGACGACCAAUCGCUACACCAUAUCCACCUACGAAGCGGCCGUUACUGCCCGACGGUCCCUCAAGAAGGACGAGGAGAUUAAAUACCUGACCGGAAUCCAGGUCCCGUUGACCAAAGAAGAGGAGAAAACCCUGGACCUCACCCGGCGCGAUUUCAGCAUCGUCAUGUCCAGCCGCAAGAAAGCCCCCUCCCUCUUCCUCGGUCCCGCUCGCUUCGCCAACCACGACUGCUCCGCCAAUGCGACCCUCUCCACCCGCGGCAUGCAAGGCAUGCAAGUCGUCGCGACCCGCCCCAUCGACGUGGGUGAGGAGAUCACCGUGACCUACGGCGAGGACUACUUCGGCGACGACAACUAUGAGUGCCUCUGCGCGACCUGCGAGCGGCUGUGGCGCAACGGCUGGGCGCCGGCCGACCGGGUGCUGCGGGAAUCGGUACACGCGUCCGUGGCGGCGGCGACGGAGGAGGUGGAGAUGGCGCAGCCGUAUUCAUUUCGGAACAAGCGGAAGUUCGUGGACGAGUCGGCGCAGGUGUCGAGGUCGGCGACGCCGGAUGUGUUGGGGAAGAGGCGGCGGCUGGCGGUGGGAGGAGCGCCGGCGGGUUCGCCGCCGGCAACGCCGAGGGGACGACGGACAUUGCGCGUGCCAGAGAUGAAAAAAAAAAGGAGUGGCUCGAAUCUUGGGACAGAGGUGGUGGCGGAGAAUGUGGGGGAUCCGAUCACAUCAACGGAAAAAGAACCCUGGACCCCGAAAGCGCUGAAGACGUCCGCGAGCAUUCCUUCUACCCCAAAGUCGUCCAAGUCGUCUUCGGCUCGGGAGGAGCUAAAGCAGGCAUAUGCGAGGGCCCUUGCAAGGCGACUAGGCCAGACUCAGAAAGAUAUCGCACAGCCCGACAUCCCAGAGCAAACAACGGAUGCAGACGAAAUCAGGGACAUAUCGAUUACCAAAUCAUCGUUACGGAGCAGCAGUAGAGCCGAAACUAGCUCACCUUCGACGAAGACCAGGCGAGUUGACACGCCCGACAUCCCGAUCACCCCGGCUGCACUACGAAAGUUGGAUAGAGUGGCGGCCGAGAAAGCGGACACGACGGAGGCGGUUCAAGAGCGGGACAUCUCGAUUACGCGAUCCUCCUUGCGCAACAGUAGUCAGGCGAUGAUAUCGAACGUGCCUUCGCCGGAUUCCGAUGCGUCGACGCCAGUAUCAUCCACGGAGUCCUCAAUGGGAUCGUCCCAUAACUCCCAAGCGACCGAGGCGACAUCCAUUGGCGACCUGCCACUACCCGAUCCCGGGAUUGAGGUCAAAUCCGAGCAGGUCGAGACAUCGACGAAGUCGAUCGAGGAGAACCGCGAAGAACCCCUCCCCACCCCGAAUCGGCUUCAAUUAUCCCUGAAACCGUCCAUCAGUUCCCUUAGCGAGCUAUCUGACCUCUCCGAAACCUGCGAUAUCGACCACGACACCCUCGAGGCCGUCCGCCAUCCCGUUCUCUCCGCUUCCUCCCUGAAACGCGGCCGCGGGCGACCCCCCAACUCCCAACGCACGCAGCCCCGCUCCCACCUCGCCUCCGCAACCCGCGCAUCUGACUCCCCCAUCCCCACCACUGAACCCCACCCUCCCCCCUCCCCCACCGGCUCCACAGCCAGCCAAACCGAUAACGGCCCACACCGCACCCCCGGUGACUACUCCCAAACCGCCCUUCUCCUCAGCACGCCCUUUAGCCGCUGGGUGACCUGCCAAACCUGCGCUUCCCCCUUCCUCCAACACGACGCGUACUUGACGCGGGCCGGCUGUCCGCGGUGCGAGCGGCACAGCAUGCUGUACGGGUACGCGUGGCCGAAGACGGAGAAAGAGGGGCGGUGGGAUAGAGAGGAGCGGGUGCGGGAUCAUCGGGAGGUGCAUCGGUUUGUGGACCCGAAGGAGGAGCGGGGGAUACGGAAGGGGAGGAGGUGGAAGUUGGAGGAUAGUAGGGAGGUGGAGGAGGAGGAAGAGGAAGAGGAAGAGGGGGUGGAGGUGGAGGGGAAAGUGGAGGGGAAGAGGGGAAGUCUGAGAAGGAAGACGAGGGCGUGA